AGUCGAUCACUAGUCACCUGAUCACCUCGCCCUUGCCUUAUUAGCUAUCUCUCCUACUCUUUAGUCUUUACACACGAGACCAGAACCCGAAUCCUGCCAAUCCGAUCCUUCGCAUUGCUUGAAGCUAGCGUCCGCGGAGAUAUGGGAUCGGAGGCAGACGCCGCGGAGAUGGCCGCCCCCCUCCUCGCCGGCGCCCCGGCGGCGGUGGCGGCGGAGGCUGUGCCGCCGUGGCGGGACCAGCUGACGGUGCGGGGCAUAGUAGUGAGCGCUGUCCUAGGGGUGCUCUUCUGCCUCAUCACGCACAAGCUCAGCCUCACGGCAGGGAUCGUCCCCUCACUCAAUGUCGCCGCCGGGCUGCUCGGUUACUUCCUCGUGCGGACCUGGACGGCGGCGCUCGAGGGGUUCGGCAUCGUCUCCAAGCCCUUCACCAAGCAGGAGAACACCGUCAUCCAGACCUGCGUCGUCGCUUGCUAUGGCCUCGCCGUCAGUGGGGGCUUUGGAACGUACAUGCUUGCAAUGGAUCAGAAAACAUACGAGCUUAUCGGGAUCGAUUAUCCUGGUAACAGAUCGGUGGAUGUUAAGAAUCCUUCAUUGGGUUGGAUCGUCGGCUUCAUGUUUGUAGCUAGCUUCCUCGGUCUAUUUAGUCUUGUUGCACUGCGCAAGGUGAUGGUAAUUGAUUACAAGCUGACCUAUCCCAGCGGAACUGCCACAGCUAUGUUGAUAAAUAGCUUCCACACUACUAGCGGUGCUGAACUUGCCGAAAAACAAGUUAGCUGUCUUGGAAAGUAUUUGAGCAUUAGUUUUGUCUGGAACUGCUUUAAGUGGUUCUUCAGUGGUGUCGGUGAUUCUUGUGGCUUUGACCAUUUCCCUUCUCUGGGACUUGCAGCAUUUAAGAACACGUUUUAUUUUGAUUUCAGUCCAACCUAUAUUGGAUGCGGUCUUAUAUGUCCGCAUAUUGUUAACUGCUCUACACUUCUUGGAGCCAUCAUAUCUUGGGGUUUUCUUUGGCCAUAUAUUUCCACAAAAGCUGGGGACUGGUAUCCAGCAGAUCUUGGAAGCAACGACUUCAAAGGACUAUAUGGGUACAAGGUUUUUAUAUCAGUGUCUGUGAUACUGGGGGAUGGUAUUUAUAACCUCAUCAAGAUUAUUUAUGCUACUAUCAAGGAAAUCAUGAAUGCACGAUCAAAGCAAGGAAAACUUCCUCUUGUCUGUGUUCUUUAUGAUGAUGAAGGUUCUAAAGUAUCUGCCGAGGAGAAGCUUCUGAAUGAGGUAUUUGUAAAAGACAGUAUCCCUCCCUGGUUGGCAGGAUCUGGUUAUGUGGGCCUUGCAGCAAUAUCAACUGCAACUGUGCCAAUGAUGUUCCCACAGCUGAAGUGGUAUCUCGUCCUCUCUGCCUAUGUUGUUGCUCCUCUUCUCGCCUUCUGCAACUCGUAUGGCACUGGCCUAACAGAUUUUAACCUUGCAUCCACAUAUGGAAAGAUUGGCAUUUUCAUUUUUGCCUCAUGGGUUGGCCAGAAUGGUGGCGUGAUCGCCGGCUUGGCAGCUUGUGGUGUUAUGAUGUCCGUCGUAUCCACUGCUGCUGAUCUCAUGCAAGACUUCAAGACUGGUUACCUGACCCUCUCUUCACCAAGGUCCAUGUUUGUGUCACAGCUGAUUGGGACCGCCCUUGGCUGCGUCAUUGCACCUCUCACCUUUUGGCUUUACUGGACGGCCUUUGAUAUUGGCAAUCCUGAUGGCAUGUUCAAAGCUCCAACUGCUGUAAUUUACCGUGAGAUGUCAAUCCUGGGUGUCGAAGGAUUCUCAGCGCUGCCCCAUCACUGCCUAGGAAUCUGCUCUUUCUUCUUCGCUGCAGCUAUAGCGAUCAACCUCACGCGGGAUGUCACUCCAAAAGGCGUGUCCAAAUUUAUUCCUCUGCCAAUGGCCAUGGCUGUUCCAUUCUACAUUGGGGCAUACUUUGCAAUCGACAUGUUCGUCGGGACUGUCAUCUUGUUCGUCUGGGAGAUGGUGAAUGGCAAGGAGUCUGAGGACUUUGCAGGCGCCGUCGCUUCUGGUUUGAUCUGCGGUGAUGGGAUCUGGAGCGUCCCUUCCGCAAUACUGUCCAUUAUGAGGAUCAACCCACCGAUGUGCAUGUACUUCAAGCCAUCCCUUAACUAAGUCUGAAAGAUAGAACUACAAUUGUUCAGUUUUAUCAAUACCACGAUAGAACAGAAUCACGCUUUGUACAUAUUUUACACUGGUGAAAAUUAAACUGCUGCAGAACGGCAGCAGUUCUGUUCAUCUUGUU